GGGAGAGAGAGCGUGCACUGUGCACUCAGCAAAGGAAAAUUCACUCAGCCGGUGAACAACUCUGCUGUCUGAACCCAGGCAAGAUGGAAGACCCUGUGCAGCUGAAGGACGAAGGGAAUAAAUAUUUUCAGGCCAAUGACUACGAGAACGCGAUUAAAAGCUACUCAAAAGCACUGAAACUCACCAAAGACAAGCCCCUCCAGGCCGUCUUGUACCGCAACCGAGCAGCCUGUUUCCUGAAAAAGGAAAGCUACGCCCAGGUGGCAUCAGAUGCAUCUAGAGCUAUCGAUAUCGAUCCUUCUGACAUUAAGGCCCUGUAUAGGCGCAGCCAGGCCCUCGAGAAGCUGGGGAAGCUGGACCAAGCCUUCAAAGACAUCCAAAGGUGUGCCACUAUUGAGCCCCGGAACAAAAACUUCCAAGAGACCCUUCACCGUUUAGGAGCCAGCAUCCAGGAGAAGUUGAAGAUCCAGUUCUCUACCGAUGCCAGAGUGCAGAAAAUGUUUGAAAUCCUGCUGGAUGAAAAUAGUGAGAAAGACAAACGAGAGAAGGCAGCGAACAACCUCAUUGUUCUUGGUCGGGAGGAAGCAGGAGCAGAGAGGAUAUUCCAGAACAACGGUCUGCCCUUGCUCAUGAGGCUGAUAGAAACCAAGAAUCCAGAGCUGAUCCUCGCAGCCGUGAGGACCCUUUCGGGGAUGUGCACAGCCCACAAGGCACGGGCCACCGCAAUUCUCCACAUGCUGGGAAUUGGCAACAUUUGUCAGUGGAUGGCCAUAGAUCAUGAAGAGAUCUCUCUGGCUGUCUGCAACCUCCUGCAGGCCAUCAUUGACUCUUUAACUGGAGAGGGCAAGAAAGAGGAACAUGGGAAAGGAGAUGCUCUGGUGUUAGACACCAAGAAGGAUCUAAAGAUGAUCACCACUCACCUUCUGGACAUGCUUCCCAGUAAGAAAGUAUCGGGGCAAGGCCGGGAUCGGUCUCUCAACCUGCUCAAUAAAAACGUGCCAAGGAAGGAUCAGAGAAACCCGGACAACAGCCGGACCCUCUUUGUGGUCGACAGUGGUCUAAAAAAGAUCCUGAAAAUUGCCGGCCAGAUCCCAGACAUGCCCAAUUGCCUACCGCUGACGGAGAACAGUCAGCUGACCGCUUCUGUUCUUCUGAACAAACUGUAUGACGACUUGCGAUGCGAUUCCGAGAGAGAGAAUUUCAGGCUGCUCUGCGAAGAGUACAUCCAGAGCCAGAUAGACCCUCAAGACAUGGAUAAGACUCUGCAUGCCAUCCAGGUAGUGUCUGGAGUCUUGCAAGGACCUUUCGAUUUGGGUAACCAGCUGCUGGGUAUGAAGGGCGUCAUGGAGAUGAUGGUGGCCCUGUGCGGCUCUGAACGAGAGAUUGACCAGCUGGUGGCCGUGGAAGCCCUCAUCCAUGCUUCAACCAAGCUAAGUCGGGCCACCUUCAUCAUCACCAAUGGAAUCGCCCUGCUGAAGGAAAUUUACAAGAAGACUAAGAAUGAGAAGAUCAAGAUUCGAGCUCUGGUGGGUCUUUGCAAGCUGGGCUCCGCAGGGGGGACGGACUAUGGCCUACGCCAGUUUGCCGAAGGAUCUACCGAAAAGCUAGCGAAACAGUGCCGGAAAUGGCUGUGCAAUCCCGCCAUAGACACCCGCACUCGGAAGUGGGCCAUAGAAGGGCUCGCCUACUUGACCCUGGACGCUGAUGUCAAAGAUGAUUUUGUAGAAGAUGAGCCGGCCCUGCAAGCCAUGUUCGAACUCGCCAAGACAAGCGAUAAGACCAUCUUGUACUCUGUGGCUUCCGUCUUGGUAAACUGCACCAACAGCUACGACGUCAAGGAAAUCCUCCCGGAACUUGUGCAGUUGGCCAAGUUUUCCAAACAGCACGUGCCCGAGCAGCACCCAAAGGACAAGAAGGACUUUGUCGAAAAGCGAGUGAAACGUUUGGUCAAAUCUGGAGUCACCUCUGCCCUGGUCUGCAUGGUGAAAGCAGACAGCGCCAUUUUGACAGACCAGACCAAAGAACUCUUAGCUCGAGUUUUCCUUGCCUUAUGCGAAGAUCCCAAGGACCGUGGAACCAUUGUCGCUCAAGGAGGUGGAAAGGCCUUAAUACCAUUAGCAUUAGAAGGCACAGACAUUGGCAAGAUAAAAGCCUCACACGCUCUUGCAAAGAUUGCUGCUGUCUCCAAUCCAGACAUAGCGUUCCCCGGUGAGAGAGUGUACGAGGUCGUGCGGCCGCUGGUCAGCUUACUGAACACAGAGCGAGACGGGUUACAGAACUUCGAGGCGCUACGUGGGCUCACCAACUUUUCAGGAAGAAGUGACAAACUCAGGCAAAAGAUUAUCAAAGAGAAAGCCAUGCCAGAUAUUGAAAACUACAUGUUUGAAAACCACGAUCAACUCCGACAGGCAGCGACGGAGUGUAUGUGCAACCUGGUAGUUAACAAAGAGGUCCAAGAGAGAUUCCUAGCUGAUGGAAAUGACCGGCUCAAGCUCGUUGUUUUGUUGUGCGGUGAGGACGAUGAGAAAGUUCAGAAUGCCGCAGCCGGCGCCCUGGCCAUGCUGACCGCGGCACACAAGAAACUCUGCCACAAGCUCACCCAAGUGACAACCCAGUGGCUGGAGAUUCUUCAGAGACUUUGCCUUCAUGACAAACUGGAAAUCCAGCACCGGGGAGUGGUGAUCGUUUAUAACUUAAUCCACGCAGACCAAGACCUGGCUAAGAAAUUGGUGGAAAGUGAAAUGCUGGAGAUUCUGACCGUUAUUGGCAAGCAGGAAGAUAACCCUAACCUCCAGCACGUGCUCAAAGUAGCCCGUGAGUGCCUUGUUAAGUUCAUGGACUAUGGGCUGAUCAAGCCGGUAUCUCAGCCAUAAGGACGCAAGAAACCUAAAUCAAUGAGGACUAGGAGAACAGAGAGGCUGAAUACAUACCAAAAUUGCCGUUAGAAAAUGGAUGCAUUUCCCAAGCUUUGAUGAGCAUAGUAUGGGGAAAAUACCAACUAAUUCCUAUCUCAAUGGUCUAAUGGAGGCCAGCAUUUGGUUCCUGCUAGCGAUUUUCUUUUAGGAAGUAGCUGCCCGUUAAAACUCCAUGGCUUCUGAUAAUAUUGGAUAUGUUCAAAGCCUUAGUGCCGGUGUAUGGAAUACAAAAUUGCCACUUCUGUCUUUUCAGACUUAGGGUGGUUUUUAUAAGCAUUGUCCUUGCUGUUUAAUACAUCAGAUUGCAGGUGGAGGGGGGGCUCAGCAGCCUUUUUAUUUACCUGUGAUGUUUCUGGGCUCGUUGUCAUUCUAGGAUGGCAUUUUCUUAAUAAAAUUAGUUCUUGGUGAUAGGCUGCACUUGUGUGGCUUCCUUAAAACUACAUCUAGCGUAAUAGCUAACGUGUUUGCCAGUGGCAGCUUUUAAAAAAAAUAAUUGAGAAAUUGAUGGAUAUAACUCCCCCAGCCCCCUGGUCCUUCCUUAUGGGUAGUACAGAUGAUUCUCAGCCUUACUGGGGUCCAGAAUCAAGGAGGGCCUCUUUCAUUCAUAACUGUGGUCUCCAGGGAAGUAACACUGAGCAGGGCUUAAAGAGCUCAGUCAGGUUCAGAUCUUUGGUGGGGCGCCUUUCUAUGCACCUUUUAUGUGCGCAUCCAACCCCCCCCCCCCAAGGAACUAGCGAUGAUGAGCCUACCAGAUACUCAGCCUGAGUUCCUGCCUCACCUUGACAAUUGGAUGGCUGGAAUUUCUGCUACACCAGGCCAGUCCAUAACUGUGCAAGCCAACCCGAAGCAAGACACUCUGCCAAAAUUAUACAGGCUUUUUCUGGCGUGGUUGUUAGAUAGUAGGAGGAACAGACAGGGUUUUUCUAUUCCUUUCCACAAUCCCCUCCCUCCAUAUCCCGCCAUGAGAAAGACCUUCCUCUGCAGGGGCAAGCACCACUGAACGUGUUUCUGGGGGACACACAAUAAGGGAAUCCCCCUUUGUGCCCUGCUUGAGGACUUCUCAAAAGCAUCCGUCUGAUCUGAGACAAGCGCUGCUGGACCUCACAAGUCUUUGGGCUGAUGUGUAUUACCCAUGAGAACGCAGAUUGGAACUUCCAUGGGUGGAAGCAGUCUAUCUCGGAAUACUGUUUGCUGAAAGAUGCACACAGCAGGGGAAGGCUGCUUUCAUACCCAGCUUGGGAGCAUCUCAGAGGUCCCUGGAAACAGGAUGCUGGACUAGAUGUACUGCAAGCCAGGAGGGCUUUUCCUACAAAUUCAAAACUUCUUUGGCUAGUUACCAACCCAGUAUCAUGCCUUCUAAAAUACACAGAAGUUAAUAAACAAGACUGUUCAAGAGAA